UUAUCUCGUCUCGUCGAAUUAUUUGCGACUCGACGGUCGACACUCAACAACACACACACGUCGUAUUAUUAUACACAUAUACACACAAUUAUUAUUAUUAUUGUCAUUUAUUUUCGUUCAAAAUAGUAUUUUUUCCCCCAUUCGCAUUCUUACGGAUCAAACUUAGCGCUUUUGCUCCGCGUAAAUGUCGUCCGUCAAUCGUUCGCUCGUCCGUCGCCUGUCCAAAUUGUACGAUUCGUCGUCCUAGGGUUUUUUUUGUCUGCGUCCCGCACUGUCGCUCGGUGGAGGCUUCCUAGUUAAUUAUGCGUGUUGCGCGAGACGAUUGUUUCGUUGUGAUGGUCAUCUCCAAUGAAGGACACAUAGCGCAUUAAUAUUCCGAAUGUGUAGGAAAACGAUUCUGGUUCACGCGUUCCGAUCAAUUUGACAAAAACUCUAAGCCUAUAUUCGUGUAGGCUAUGAAAUUGCUAUGUAAAGUUAAAAGUGGAAUUUUGUGCACAUUGUGUGUUAGCAGCAUCUAACUUUCACAAUGUCCAGAAGAUGGUUCCACUCUCAUUUAAAUGGCUUAGAUGCUCAGCAUGUACUUUUAGAUGAAGGUGUGGAAGGGUCAUUUUUAGUUCGCAAAUCUUAUAGCAGAAAAGGACAAUUUGUCUUAUCUGUUAGGCAUGGUAAUAAAGUUAACCAUAUAAAAAUCCAUAAUGAUGGUGAAUUUUUCGAUCUCAACGGUGGUGAAAAGUUUACAACUCUAACAGAUCUCAUUGAACAUUAUAUGACUCAUCCACACGUGCUUAAAGAACAAGGUGGUAUACCAUUACCUUUAUUAAUCCCAAUUGGAUCGCCUGAGCCUACUAAUGAACGAUGGUUCCAUGGUCAAAUGUCAAGAAAAGAAGCUGAGUAUUUGAUUUUAGAGAAAGGACGUCCUGGUAGUUAUUUAGUUCGAGAAUCACAAUCCGAUCCUGGCAAUUAUGUAUUAGCUGUUAAUGUUGAUGAAAAAGUGACUGAAAUUAAAAUUAUAUUUAAUGGAGAAAAGUAUCAUAUUGGUGGUGGAGAAGAAUUCUUAUCCUUGAAUGAUUUAAUGAAAUACUACAGUUUUAAUCCUAUGGUUGACCAUCAUGGAUCAGUAAUACAUUUAAUGAACCCAGUAAACGUAACUAGAAUUAGUAUUGCUGGGAUAGUUGAUCGUGUAUUUAAACUUAAGCAUCAAAAAUACCAACACUAUUCUUUUGGAACUGGAGGUUUUUGGGAAGAAUUUGAUGUGUUACAACAAUGGGAAACAAAAAGAGAGUCAACUAAAGAUAUUGGUUUUUUAGAUGAAAAUAAAUCAAAGAAUCGAUAUCGAAACAUUUUACCAUAUGAUCAUUCUCGAAUUGUAUUAAAAAAUUGUGAUAAAAGUAUACCAGGUUCAGACUACAUAAAUGCUAAUAUGAUCAGACUUGAUCCAUUUGCUUUAGCAGAAAAAUAUGAAACUCGUAAUUACAUAGUCACUCAAGGUUGUUUACAUAAUACAGUUAAUGACUUUUGGAAAAUGAUAUGGCAAGAAGAUUCUCGCGUGAUUGUCAUGAUUACAAAAUUGUUUGAAAAAUCUAAAGAAAAAUGUGUUAAGUACUGGCCUGAUUUAGGUCAUUCAUUUGAUUAUGGCAAAAUCACCGUGGUAAAUCUUGGAGAGCGUGCUCACCAACAUGAUAUGAUAGUUAGAAUAUUUGAUGUUUCCAUUCCAAAUUACAGACACAGAAGAAUAUUUCAAUACCACUAUAUGGGUUGGCCAGAUCAUGGAGUUCCAUCUGAUGCUGGCUCAUUACUUGACUUACAGUUUGUAGUUAAUGUUCGCCAAUUCAAUAUAGAAGCCCAUUCGGAUGUUUCACAUCCUUUAACUGUGCAUUGCAGUGCUGGAAUUGGAAGAACCGGAACAUUUGUUGUUCUUGACCUUCUCAUUGGUCUUAUAAAUCGAAAAGGUCUUGACUGUGAACUUGAUAUUCAACGAACUACUCACAUGGUAAGAUCAUUUCGUCCUGGCCUUGUACAGUCUGAAGCACAAUAUCAAUUUAUAUAUACAGCCAUUAACCAUUAUGUACAAACAAUAUGUUCGAGAAUAUCUGCAGAAAAGAAAAUUGAGAUUUUCGGACGAGAAUAUCUGAACAUAAAGUAUACAGAAGAAUUAGCAACAAUUGUAGGUGAAGAAAAUGUGCCAACUCUAAAUCCUUGUACAGCACAUAGGGUUUUAAAAAAUGCUAUUACAUGCAACACCUAUCCUACUACUGAUUCUCCGUUAGUGUCUCCAACCCUGGACAAAUCAAAUGUUGUUGAACUUCUUGGUUAUGACCCUGGAAAGCCACUGAGUACGCAAUCAACUACCCUGGUUACUACAGAUUCGUGUCCUAACUCACCUACUUCUAACGUAUUUGAAUUACAUUCCUAUGCUAACAUAACAUCACCUUUACCGUCUAAUGAGUGCGAUAUCGGGCCUCCGCCUAUGGAAGCCCCUCCUCCACCCCCUCAGUCACCAAUUAUGAUAUUAUGACUUUAACUUUGCACAACAAGUAUAAAUUAUUAAACAAUCGUCUUAAUGUAUAACAUAGAUUUCAUCGACCAAUGCAUCUCAUAUUUUUUUAUAUAUUAAUACAUUAUUUUUUAAAUAACAAGUUAUUUUUAAAUGUUAAUUUUGAUUAUUGACGCCUAAAUUAACAACAAUUAGUCUACUAUACAUUCCUGGGUUUGGGCCAAUUUAAAUAAAUAACUGCUAAAUGUGACUGUUAAAUUUUUAUAUACUUGAGGUUUGACUACAGCCUUUUGAGUUUGUUAAAUUUAGUGAAUAUUGUUAUUCAUAUACCUUGUAUUAUUUAUUUU